AUGAUUAUCAUCUCUUUCUGCAGUUUCUUACUUUUCAUUGCUUCCAGAAAUUGCUUUCUCCUAUUUGUUCCUCUCUCCAUUUGCUCAUACUUUAAGUUAUCCGCUUCAUUCCUCAGUUUCUUUUACUUUUUAUGUGGAUUAACCUUUCUUCUUUCUUUUAUAAUUUUUCACAUCCACCUUUCCUUCCUAUUUCUUUCUGCUAUCUUUUUUUUAUUCAAUUUUUUUUAUCCAUCGUUCAUUUCUUCCUUCAUGUAUUUUUCAUUCAUUCAUUCUUUCAUUCAUUCAUUCUUUCAUUCAUUCAUUCUUUCAUUCAUUAUUCUUUAUUUAUUUUUUCUCCUCACGCUUUUUUUACGUCUGACUUUAUUCUUCUUUCUUUCUGAUAUUCUUCUCGUUUACCUUUCUGUCUUUCUUUCACAAAUUUAUUCAAUUCGUCUUUCUUUCUAUUUUCUUCCUUUCUUCUCAUCCGCAUUUUGUUCUUCUUGCGUUCUUUCUAUUAUUUUUUUUUUUUUUCGCGUUCACCUUUCCGUCUUUGUUUCAUUCUUAUCCGGCUUUUAUUCUUCUCAUUUUUUUUACUUCUUUCUUUCUUUCUUUCUUUCUUUCUUUCUUUCUUUCUUUCUUUCUUUCUUUCUUUCUCCGUCAAUUUCUUCUUCUCAUUCAUGUAUUCUUCUUUCAUUUUACUUCAAAGAAUUCUUUCCCUUUUAUUUCCUCCACAUUUAUCUUUUCUCGUUCAUUCUUUCUUCAUUUGUCUCCCUCCACUUUCCUUUUUAUCUUUUUCUUCUUUCUUCAUGCACAUCGCUUUCUUCUCUUUUGUUUCUUUACACAUCCUCUUCUUUUCUUAUCUUUCUUUUCUUCCUUUCUUUUCUUGCAUCCACUCUUUUCUUUCCUAUUCAUCUCCUCCAUUUUUUCCCCUUCUCUUUUUACAUCCACUCUUCUGGACUUUGUUUUUCUUCUUUCUUUGUUCAUCUAUUUUUCAUUUUUUACUUUCUCUCUUUACGUAAACCUUUCUUUUACUUUCUUACUUUCCUUUCUUACUUUUUCUCGUUACUUACCUUUUUCUUCUUUCUCUUUUUCUUUUUCCUUUCUUCUUUUCUAUUAGUACUUUCUUCAGUAUUCUAA